AUGGCUAUCAGCCAGUUGGUGGUGCUUUUCCUGUUAGGCUGCAUCGCACCGACGAGCUUUUGUAUAGCGGACGUUUCGGAGUCCCAAAAGCCUGGCGGUAGCGAGCAGCCCGAUAGAUCAACCACGGCAGACCCGAUCGAGAGUCUCUCCAACGACUUCGGCCUCGGGUGGCAACCCUUUGUCGAGGCCCGACCUGCUCUCACUGGCCACCACAAGGCACUACCGGAGCUCGCCAAGCGAGAGUGCCUGGCCAACGGCACCAAUUUCUGCUUCGGCAACGACAUCAACUACUGCUCUUCUUGUGGCACAUGCUGCUCGGGGUCGAGCAACAAAUGGUGUUGUUCAUCCGACAGCAUCUGCUGUGGCGAUGCCUGCUGUGGGAGCGGGCAGACGUGCAGCAAGGGAAAAUGCUACCUGCCGGUGGUUACGGUGACGACGCAAAGCACGCACACGACCACAGCAACAUUGACGGCGACAGCGUUGACCACUGUUCUGAAGGUUGUGGUCGUGCAGGCCCUCACCUUUUCCAUCACCGAGUCGACAGUAACGGACAGUUCAGGCACGCAGACGGACUGGUCCGUCGUGACAGUGACGUCUGCGGUCAACAAGAGGGCCGUACAGACCGUUCACAAAGAGAUGGGCAGCAAUGACGGCUGUAGUGCGGAUGAUGGGCUGGAGCCCGGUCUUCCAGGCCUUCCGACGACACUCACACUGGCCCCAGCUGCCUUUCGUCGCCGGCACUUCAACCAUCGUCGUCGAGACGCCACGGCCACUACGGCCAGCAAUCUUGUUUCGACGGCUGCCACGUCGACAGUCACCGACGCCGUCACGGUGACCUCUGUUGUGACGCACAACGUCGCCACCACUACAACCGUGAUGACGACCUCGACUCAACUUACCAUUGUCUACCAGACAAACACAAAGGUUAUCAACGCCAUGGCGACCGUUUCCUCGACGAGCACAUACAUUUUCGCGUCGCAGAAUCCCGUCACCAGCACCAGCAUCGUGGUGGCAACUAUGAUCGAGUCGUCCACACCCGCAACAUCGCAGCCAAAAUCUACUGCGGCGUCGCCGUCUCUCGUCACCGAGCACUCGAGCACUCGCUCGUCCCAUUCGGGACUCUCCUCCUCUGCCAUCGCCGGCAUCUCCGUGGGGUCUGCUGCUGGUGCUAUUCUUCUGGUGCUGCUUGCCUUUUGUGCCGUACGACGUCGCCGGCGUAAGAAGCGUCGGGCUAUCGAGACGGGCGAUCCCUAUCUGGGCGGCGGUGUCGUGCAGCACAACUACACCGGUCCCCCCCCACCGGCUGCUGCUGGAUACGGCCGCGGCCUCCCCUCUAUGCAGCAGCAGGCCGGCCUGGGACUGCCGCCCGUCCCGUACUUUUCCAAUGUGGACGACUCGCCGGCACUGUCGCCCGCCACAGAUACCACAAAUACCACCGCUGUGAACUCGCCAGUUCGAGAACACCACAGCAGCAUGUCGAGCACGUCCUCGGCAGGACUGCGACCUGCCGGGUCCUUGGCCUGGAAGCUUUCCGAUCCUGCAGCUGUUGCGGCUGUUGCGGCUUCUGCAGCCGCCGUAACCGCAUCGGCUGGUGGAAGAAACAACCUGCACUUACGGUCCGGCAGUGGUGCCACAACGGGAACAGUCACCAGCUCAACUGCCGUAGGAACCAGUGGCCGGAACAGUCUGAGCAGCGCCUGGCAACUCGGUAAUGCCCAGCACCAGCGGGAUUCGUCCAUGGGCAGUGGGAUGACAGCACAGAUGCCCUCACAUCUGGGCGAGGACAUCGGCGGCCGUGUUGGUCCGUCUACAGAGCUGCCGAGACAUUCGCUGCAUCAGAGUACCCCAGACGCCGCCAGUAACGACCGCGAGACGACCGGCUGGCGCACUGGCUUCCGAAGAAGUCGCACCAACACGGUGACGCAGGGCGGCGGCUUCUUCUAUCGAGACUACUAA